UGUAGAUCCAUCCAUGCAUUCUUCUAAUUCUGGAUCCAACUCUGCAAUGGCGGAUGAAUUAAAGAAAAUGCAUAGGAAUGGUAGUGAUUAUCGGCCACCCUUACGCGAAGUUCUCUCCCUCUCCUUCCUCUUCUUCUAAUUACUCUCCCUCUCUGCAAAUCCGAAUCAGGCCUCAACAAUUUCCCUCCCCUUCAAUCAAAUCACAUUUCGCAGCUACACCAUCUUCAACAACAUUAACGAUGUGUCGUUUAAGCAACAUACUUAUAAGCCUCCUUAAUAGUUGCACGCUGAUCAUCGGCCUCAUCGCCGUUCUCGGCGCCGUCCACGUCCGCGACCACGGUGGCACCGACUGCCAGAAGGUUCUUCAGGACCCUGCUCUAAUCGUAGGAAUCUUCUUCAUCAUCGUUUCGUUGUUCGGCCUGAUUGGAUCCUGCUGCCGCCUCAAUUCGAUCCUGUUUCUAUACCUGAUCGUGAUGUUCUUGCUGAUUUUAGGGCUAAUGGCGUUUACGAUCUUCACGUUGUUGGUCACCAAUAGAGGAAUUGGACGGGUCGUGUCUGGAACGGGGUUCAAGGAAUACAAGCUUGGGGAUUACUCGCAUUGGCUUCAGAACCACGUCGUCAAUGAUGAGAAUUGGAUUCAAAUUCGGAGCUGUUUGGUUGAUUCGCCUAUUUGCCCAAGUCUUGCUGAGGAUUAUCAUGAACAAGAGGCUGAGUUCAUUAAGCAGAAUCUCUCCCCCAUACAGUCUGGGUGUUGCAAGCCACCGUCGUACUGCGGGUUCGAGUUCAAGAACGCGACGUUCUGGAUAGCCCCCAAAACAGGGCCGGCAGUGCAGGACAGCGACUGCACCACCUGGAGCAACCAACAGAACAUCCUAUGCUACGACUGCAAGUCGUGCAAGGGUGGAAUUCUGGCUAACAUCCGCAAGGAAUGGAGGAAUUUUGCCCUUUUCAAUUCCUGCGCCAUCACAGUCAUCACUAUCAUCUAUUGCAUUGGCUGCUGCGCCGUUAGAAGCAACAGCUCCAGCUACAAGUAUUAUUAAAUGGUUCUUCUUAAAUGCUUUGCUUCCAUGCUUCCUUCAUUACUGUUCCCUCUGUAGAUUUAUAUGAUAACAUUGACGCAAGUCCUCAAAUCAUAGUUAUGUAUAGAUGCAUUUUUUCCAAAAACGUUCGGGUUUGGCUGACUCGAGCAUAAUGCAUUCUUUCCAUGCUUCCAUGUGGUAAUGUAUGUUCUUUUAGUUCCUUCUACUUGCACCACAUGUACGUGUGGCCUGUUGUUCAGGAUUUUUUGAUCGUUUGAAAUGAAAAGCUAUAAACAAAAGCUUUGCAGCU